AUGGGCACCCAACGGCAAUCGACAUCAGAUCUUCCCUCUCAAGGAGUAGUCACAAAUUCGUGUGAUGUUCCACCGACUUAUGCUACAGCAGAAGCUCAACCUGGCAUUCGUCGUGUGAACAGUGAUCCAGGACCUGCCAGCGCUGGUUGGGGACGUCCAUAUCCUACCAUGAAUCAAAGCUUCCUAGGCUCACACAAUCUCACGCAAGAGUCGCAAAUGUUCGAACAGCCAGCCGAUCAGCAAUUCCCACAACCAGGCUGGUUGAUAUACGGCCAGCCACGCUCCCAAUCGGUUAACUUUCCGGGUCCUGAUUUGAGUCUUCAACAAGAUUUUAUCAUGAUUGCUCCACAGCAAGCUCAACACGAUCGAGUGUAUCCGUACCCAGCACAGCAGUUCGUGCUAGAUGAGUUUGGACCGGCGCGGCCGAUCGCGCAUGGACCAACAGGAGCGAUUUCGGCCGCCAAGGAACAAAUCACGACAGGCCACUUCCAACGAUCAGAUAAGAUCAUUCUCUAUCCAUCUACCCUCGGUCUCCCAAACCACGACUUCAACAUGACGACUUUGGCAUCAUCGCAGCCACAACCCUCGCCCUUCUACCCCAGUACUAUCCAUGAUGGCCCAUCUGUCGCUGGGUUCCGCCCGGCUGGAGAAGGCGCCCCUCAGCUGAAGAGGGGCUUCAGCUCGGUCGACAGCGCAAUGGACGAGCAGUCGCCCGUCUCAGCAGCGUCGCCCGAAGACGCACCACCCGGCAAAAUGAGGAUCCCAGCCUUGAAGCGUCCCCGCAACGACUCGACCGUCAACAAUGGUCCGCUCAGCAAGGAAGUCGUCCUCAUAUCUCGACCAAAGCCUGGCCGCAAGCCCAUGGCCGACCAGAACGACUCGACCGACAAGCGGAAGAACCAGAACAGGCAGGCUCAACGCAACUUCCGCGACCGUCGUGCCCAGAAGUGCCAAGAGCUUGAGAUAGAGAACGCUCAGCUGAAGGCAGAGAAGGCAGAAGCUGAAGCCAGGGAGUCUACCUUGAUUGCUGAUAAUGCAAGACUCGCGGCCACGGUAGGAGAUGCUGUUGCUGGAAAGGCUCAAGCCGUCCUCGAGCUCCAACAGGAAAGAGAGCGCAACAUGGAGCUGCAGAGGCAAAUUGGUAAUUGUUGCAAUGCCUACUACCCCGUAAAGGCCAUCAUGCUUACCCUGGCCCAGCGUUCUGUCAUUGUUCCAAACUUUGUUUCAUCAGUCCAUCAAAUUCUUACACCACCCUCGGACAAUGAUCCGCACGACGAGUAUGAGGUUGAUUUCACCAACAUCUACGCAACACGCAAACCAUCUGCGUUUGCUUCUGGACUCGGUACAGACGAACAUUGCGGUUUCUGUAGUGAUGUCGAGAACUGCAUCUGUCGCCAGCAGGAGGAACUCAACAACAAGAGCCUUCCCAGCCUUCCGCCUAUUGACUCAUCGCGUGCUACCGCUCAACCCAAACUGCCCUCUGAUAUCUCCACCCCCAGUUUUCUUGAGGCGCGAACCGAAGCUUCCGGUCCUGGUACUUGCGAUAUGUGUCUAGCUGACCCCGAAAAAGCAAGACAAUGCCGAGAGCUUGCUGAGGUUGCUUUCCAACAGAAGGAGGCUGCUUCAACUCGCUCAGAGGAUUCCGGCUCCAAGGAUAUGGGCACUGUCACCCUUCGACGCCUCAAGCAGCUCGACUCAGUAAAGCACAAUGAGCGCACCUCCUGCUCUGACUUCUUUCAACAAGCACAGCAGAAGAAUGUCAGGCUUCGACGAGACGACUACCAGCAAAUCAAGCAUGUGUAUCGUCUUGACAGUCGAUCCGAGCAUUCUCCUUAUAUGGAAAUGGAUACUCAAGACGCGGCUCAUGCUUUGGCCGCUCUGUCGCGACAAGACACCAGGUCUGGCAUGGAGCGUCAAUCUUGA